AUGGAUGCGCCUUCCGCACAGCUGCACCAAGACCUACGAGAUGCCGUGACCCGCGAGCUAUUACAGCGACGGCCGCUACUCCACCACCUCAACGCCGACACUUCUUGGCUCUUGCAACUACCGCGUCCUGCAGCGGCAGCGAAGCGGGGAGGGCGCGUAUACUACAAUAUCCUCAUUGACCCAUGGCUCGCCGGCGGCCAAUCCGAUGUCGCGAAAUGGUUUUCACAGCAGUGGCACGCUAUGGAGAGCAAGGUCAAGUCCAUAGCGGAGGUUGAAGAGCUGGCACGGGAGAUUGAGAUACUGGCAGAGGGUCUGCGACUAGGCACAGGGAGAGAAAAGAGCGUGUUUGGAAGCGAUGUAGACAUCAAAACGUUCAUCGAUGCGGUCGCCAUAUCGCACGAAUUUACGGAUCACUGCCAUAAGGAGACACUGCUCGACAUCGACACAGAUGUCCCUGUCUUUGCGACCAACAAAGCAGCUACUCUAAUAAAGAGCUGGGUUCACUUCCGCGACGUUCAAGAUAUCCCGCCUUUCACCCCCUCCAACCCAGACUGGCGGAGCACCUCUUUACCCCCUUUGCCAGAAUGGCUCAGCAUCUCCCGUCUACAAGCCGAAGGCGAUGCUUUCUACUAUCACUCCGCCCUACUCAUAGCCUUCAACGUUCCGAACGACACUCCCGCCAGCCAAGCCAGCGCCAACGGCACUUCAGGACGAAGAACAAGUCACAAACUCCUACUUCCCGGUCACAUCCACUCCUCCGAUUCCAGCAGCGCAGACGCCGCCGAAUGCGUCAUCUACACUCCUCACGGCAUUUCGGCUGCCGCUCUCACGCCUGUUUCUGUCGCGCAGCCGCCACUUUCUACGCUAGCAUUCUUGCACGGGCUGCAUGACGUGUCUAUCUCCGGCUCCCAGCAACUAAAUCUGGGUGCACACAAUGGACUCGAGGCGCAGCGAAAAUUGAAUGCGCGGUAUUGGGUCGGGACGCACGAUGAAAUCAAGAAAGGUGGUGGCUUGAUAAGCUGGUUUCUGAGGCGGAAGGUGAUCAGCGUGAGGGAAGCAUUGCUAGAGGAAAAUAGGAAGGCGAGGAUAAUGACGGCGGAGAGAGGUGGGGUGGCCGGCCAAAGCGGUAGAGAAUCGGAGACAAAAGACGCGCUGGCUAAUGUGCGGUUCGACAACCUGGGUAACGGUGAAAGUAGAGUGCUAGUAUGA